GAAGUGAUAUCAUCCGAGCUUUCGUGCCUCUCCUUCUGCUCCCCGUCCCGAUCCCUCUGCAGCCAUGUCGGAGGCACUCGCGAGCCGCGUGGUGCUGUACGUGCACGAGCUGCUGCACUCGCCUGCAGCCGACGAGCUCAUGGUGCACGCGCACCGUCUGUUCGCUCGCAUGGGCUUCCCGGAGCCGUACCCAGACGCCGAGCGCCUGGCCAUCGCGCUGCUGACGGGCAUCUUCACGCUGCUGGCCUACUUUGUGCUCUUCGGCAAGCGCCACCGCCGACGGAGACAGGUGCUGCAGAAGGAGCUGGACGAGGCCUAUCAGAAGGUGCAGGAGCUGCAGGACCGCAUGGCCAUGAUGGAGGUGGAGGAGCGCGAGGCGCCCCCCAAGGAGCAGAUCCGCAUCUGGAUGGACGGCGCCUUCGACAUGAUGCACUACGGCCACAUGAACGCCUUCCGCCAGGCCAGGUCGCUCGGCACGUACCUGGUCGUGGGCGUCAACGACGACGAGUCCAUCACGGCCUGCAAGGGCGCGCCUCCCGUGCUCAACAACGAGGAGCGCAUCGCCUCCGUGGAGGGCUGCAAGUUCGUGGACGAGGUGGAGCCGCACUGCCCCUACAUCAUGAACGAGGAGUACCUGCAGCGCAUGAUCAAGAAGCACCGCAUCGACUACGUCGUGCACGGAGACGACCCGUGCAUCGUGGACGGCAAGGACGUGUACGAGUCGGCGCAGAAGCUCGGCAAGUACCGCACGAUUCCUCGCACCGAGGGCGUGUCCACGAGCGACAUCCUCGGCCGCAUGCUCGUGAUGCACAAGACCCACCACACGCACGACCACUUCGCUGCCAACGGCCAGUUGUCGUCGCGCAUGCUGCAGGACAAGGCCAAGGAGCGUCCAUCCAAGUUCCUGACCACGAACCGCAUGCUGCGCCUCUUCUCCGUGGGCAACCACGAGCCGCAGAAGACGGACAAGAUCGUGUACAUCGACGGCGCCUUCGACAUGUUCCACGCCGGCCACGUCGAGAUUCUGCGUCUCGCCAAGCAGCAGGGCUCGUACCUGAUCGUGGGUGUCCACAACGACAGCGUCGUGAACGCCCACCGCGGCCUCAACUACCCCAUUAUGAACCUUCACGAGCGCGUGCUCAGCGUGCUGGGCUGCAAGUUCGUGGACGACGUGCUCAUUGACGCGCCGUGGCAGGUGACGCCCGAGAUGAUCGCGUCGCUCAACAUCUCCGUCGUCGUGCACGGCACGCACCGCGACCAGCACCACCUGCCCGAGUUCUCGCUCGAGGAGCACUACGAGCACGCGCGCAAGGCGGGCAUCUUCAAGCUGAUCCAGAGCCCCAACAAGCUGGACGUCAACGACAUCGUGGGCCGCAUCAACGACAACCGCGAGCGCUUCGAGAAGAAGUUCGUGAGCAAGAUGAAGUCCGAGGAGGAGUACUACGCGGACCGCUAUGGCAAGAACAAGAAGUAG